AAAUAACUAAACUCCUUAUUAGGGAAUAUGACACCAAGCUCCUUCAUCCAGGUCCUGAAAGAGUUCUAGCAGAGCUCAGACGUCAAUACUGGAUUUUGAGAGGCAGAGCCGCCAUCAAAAAACAUCAGCUUACUUGUGUUGACUGUCAAAGGUGGCGUGCUCAACCGAACCUUCCCAAAAUGGCAGACCUUCCACCAGCUCGUCUGAGGCUCUACAAACCUCCUUUCUAUUCCACCGGAAUGGACUGUUUUGGCCCAUUUACAGUAAAGAUAGGGCGCCGAACUGAGAAGAGAUGGGGAAUCGUCUUCAAGUGUAUGACCACUCGAUGCCUCCACUUAGAUCUACUAGAGAGCCUCGAUACAGAUGCCUUCUUGAUGGCUCUUCGGAGAUUUAUAGCCAGACGAGGGAAGCCCGCUGAACUCUACUCUGAUAAUGGUACUAACUUUGUUGGAGCGAACAGAGAAAUAAGGGAGGCUUAUGAAGGUAUGACACCUCAAUUAAAGGAGAAACUAGCUGAACAGAAAACCUCAUUCCGAUUUAUUCCCCCUAGUGCGCCACAUUUUGGUGGCAUUUGGGAGAGGGAAGUAAAAUCUGUAAAACAAGCGCUGAAGGUAAUCCUGAAGGAACGUACAGUCCCAGAAACCGUCCUCUGCACUGUUCUUAUUGAGGUGGAGGGAAUCAUGAAUGCUAAGCCUUUAGGCUAUGUAUCAUCUGACAUUGCUGAUCCAGACCCAAUCACACCUAGCAUCCUCCUCAUGGGCCGCCAUGACUCCUCACUACCACAAGUGAUGUAUGACUCCGGCAAUCUUCUUGGGACCAGGAGGUGGAGACAUAGCCAAAUACUCGCAGAUCAAUUCUGGACGAGAUUUAUCCACUAUUAUCUGCCAACGCUACAGGAAAGGCAAAAAUGGCUAAAGGACAACAGCAACGUUAGAGUCAACCAGGUAGUGCUCAUCAUUGACCCACAACUUCCACGAGCGCUCUGGCCUGUCGGGACAGUAACCCGGACCUUCCCUGGACCUGAUGGACAAAUACGGACGGUUGAGGUGCAGGUUCAAGAUCGCACAUAUGUAAGACCUGUAGCUCGUUUAGUUCCACUCCCUAAACUCGUUGACGACGACCACAAUAGUCCUACCGUUUAGUAAGGGCUUUCUCCCAGGUGCAAAUGUCCUGCACUGGACAUUUGGGGGCGGCUAUGUACGAAAGCCCAACAGCACCCCCUAGUGGUAUAUUAAUGUAUAAAGUUUACUCAUUCAGACAAGUCCAGGCAUGCCCAAAGACAACACCUAGAGGUUAGGUUGGACUGAAUUGUUUAGCACAUUCUGGACUACUGCCUGUUUAUUCCCGUGAGUGAUUGAUUAAAAAACCACACGCACACAAACACACCCCUGCAGCCACCAACACCUAUCCAACCAACAUUGUCAAAUGUCCAAUGCAUGCAGGAAUAAUCAAAAUAAAC